CAAGAGUUUUCAAUCGUUCACUGCUUCCACUUCAGCUUCUGCUUCUUAUGUAGUGGAUGGUUGGAUCAAAGGAGUUGUUGAAGUAAUUGAUGGUUGGGUUGAAGAGGUGGUUGAAGUACUUGAUUAUCUAAACGAAGUAAUGGUUUGUCUGGUCGAAGAAGUGAUCAAAGUAGUAGAUUGUCUGGUCAAAAUGAUGGAUUGUCUGGUUGAAGUGGUGGUUUGUCUGGUUGAAGGGGUGGUUGAAGUAGUGGAUUGUCUAGUCGAAAUAAUGGUUUGUCUGGUUGAAGGAGUGGUCAAAGUGAUAGAUUGUUGGGUCGAAGUAGUAGAUGAUGGUAAAGUAAUAGAUGGUUGGGUCAAAGUUGUAGUGGAUG